AUGGGUUACAUUAGAGUUUGUGCCUGUUUUUUGGUUUAUUUCGGAAUUAAAUCGACCUACACGCAAGAUGAAUCCAUUCCGUUUUCCUCGCCUUAUUACGACCCCUCUACGAGGCAAUCCCUCCGGCUCACCUCCGUAGAAAACGUGCUCGUGGGGGUGAAACAAACCACCAAAAACACCCACAAUUCCCCAUACAAAACCGUAAGAAGAAUCGGAUUCCGAAGCAACGGCUGCUCCUGCAGCAACUUCCUCUGCGGCUGUUGCUUGGGCAUCAAUUUGAACCAGUUCAAUUUCAACAGAGAAGGCUGCUUGAAUUUCACUUACGAUCCGGACGAAUUCGCCAUCAACAUGAACGUUCUGAUGAACAACAACAACAUCUACUCCAACUCGUUUUCAGCUAAGAACCCUCCACCUUUGUGCAUCCCCCUGCCGGUUCCCUACAUCCCCCUGCAAGUGCAGGCCUGCGCGAGGAUCUACGACGUGUACGCCCCGGGCCAGAACCUGCACAUGUGCUUGGACUUCGAGACCAGGGUGCAGCAGGCCACUGUGCUGGUGUUGCACUUCGAUUGCAUGCGGUUCGGGAUGGACGGGGCGGCGUUCCUGAAGCCCGAGGACGGGUCGGGGCUGCCCCAGGGGCCCGGACCCGCGGGCGAGGCCGGCCAAGUCGACGGGGAUGUUUACGACGAGGUCACCGAGACCAAGUACUCGAUUCGAAGGGGGAACGAGCUGGUGUAG